GCUUUGCGAAGUUUGGCUUUCCCCCAAUCAAACAAAGAAGGCUGGAGCUUUUCGAACAGCUGCUGCAGCCUCGUCAGCAGCCCCGGGACUGUGCAAAGUUGGGGAGAAGGGCGGCGUAAGUUUGGAGCGUUGCUGCUGCUUAGUCCAGGCUGUGCAGAACCGAAGCACUUGGGGUUAGAGAGGUGCAAAAAGAGCAUUUGAGUUAGUGGAACGGCGUUUCUCCUCUUAGCAGCGCGAUCCUUUAUGAAGCAGCAGGAACAGUUUUGAACAGAAGGAGGCUAUGAAGAUUGCAAUUUUACACCAAUUUAGAAAAUGAGAUCCGCGUGGGAGUAACAUAUGGUUAAGCGUGCAGAGGCUAGCUUUGCACACCUGGCUGGCAUGGAGAUCGCCUCUUCGGUCAAGAUUUGGUGAAGGGCUCUUCGUAUUUUAGCAGGUGGAAGCUUCCAGGCAGCUGUGAACCCCUAGACUUCUCUCUCAACCCUUAAACCUUCAUUGAAAAGGGAAAACUGCUGUACCUCCUCUAAAUUGGCAGAGAACCAUAGAAGCAAGGCUUUGUUUCUGAAGACUCUAUGUAGACAAAAUGCUCUAGAAAUGCCCAAAGUUCUGCUUAAGAAACAGAAAACUGCAAGAAAUCAGAGAGGGAUUUUCCCAGCGUGGCUUCUCUUCUUGUGUGGGCAUUGAGUGGACAGGGUUAGACUGAUGCUGUUAACUCCCGCCCAAGGGUUACUGGAGUCUUCCUUUGCUACAGAAAAAGGAUAUAUAUUUUUUAACUUCCUGCCCAUCUUCUGAAGGGGAGAUAUAAAUCCAAAAAUACACAAGUGUUUGUUCUAUGGAAAAGGCCAUUAGCCAGCUCAGGAGCUGGUAAUCUUUGCUGGAUUUCAGAAUGGAUUUAACCUUUGCAGUGGCUUUCUAUAGGACGGUGCAACAGUGAUCGUGACCUUGGAAGGAACACUGGUUGUUUCCCCAGCACCAUUUUGCCUGUUUGACUUGCUAAUCUAGCAGCGUCCACAUCAGGGUCUCUGUUGGCUGUUAAUGUACCCUACCUUGAAAACGGCGUAUUCUUCUGGAAUGUAGCCACUGUCCAUUUGACUAAAGGAAGAGGCCAAAGUCCUUGGCCCCGCCAUGGGUCGCUUAGACGACCAUGCCAAGAAACGGAUUGUGGAGCUGCGCAAAGCCGGCUUGAGCUUCCGCAAGAUCAAAAAGGUGCUGGAGCUGGACAACAUCCGGGUCACCCCGCAAGCCAUCUACCUGUUCCUUAAGCGCAAGAACGUGGAGCCCAGCCAGCCCCCACCUGUCUCUUUUCUGCAACCUGCUCUUGAGAAUGGAAGCAGGAAGACUCUUGUGGACCAAGCUGGCUGGGAGGACAACCAGCUCUGGAAGUUACUGCAGGAAAACGAGACUGAGCACCAUGGGCAGAGAGAGGCUGCUGGCUCUGUGGCAGGAGUUGGCCCAAGCUAUGAGGUGCCGCCUUGUAACGGCCAUUGUGAUGGCGAGGAGCACAUCAAAAUAAUUAGCGUGACUUCCUUGAGCAAGGAUGGAGGGCCGUUUUGGAAGCAGAGUGCCUCCCAUGAGGGCCUCUCCAGCGGAUCUCAGCUGGGCCAGAAUAUGGGUGACAACUGCCCAGAGCCAAAACCAUCUGUGUCGCCCAGCUGCUUGACUCCAUUUGCACCUGCAGUUCCUCAGCAUAAUCUGAAUGGCAAAGGGAAGGCCUUUCUUCCACCUGCCCGGAAUCCCGCCUUGAUUGUGAAGAGGAAGAUCAUAGGCCGGGCCAUCCAUCUCCAGAAAAAGGCAAAUGUACAGAACGGGCAGAAUUCAUCUGGUUCUACACCCAGUUUGCCCUUCAUGAUGAGGGUGCAGUCAACUGGCCAUCCUUCCAGGGGGACAACUCCUGUCCCGAUGGCAUCUUCUGGCUGCUCUACACAUACUAAAGAUGCCGGUACUCAGACCUGUACAUUUAACCCCACCUACCCUCCAGUUCAUCAAAAUCCUCAGUGGGGAGCUCAGAUGACUACCUCCUUGGUCCCUGCUGCCAACCCUCAGCCGCUUGAAGAGAAACUGGAUACAGUGCACACUGAGGUCCAGAAGCUUGCGCAGGCUGUGCAUAUGGUGCUGGAGCGCCAGUGCCGACUGGAGCGCCAACAGGAGCAGCAGCAGCGCUUCCAACAGGAGCUUCUCAUGACGCUGCAGCAGCUCAGCUCCACUGUUGGCCACGGGGCAGUCCCUGCCCAUGCCCCCUGUACUCCUUACAACGUGGCUGACCCCUCACCACCCUUGCCAAGCUUCAGCCAGUUCAAGAUGGAGCUUAUCUGACCAAGGACUACGGAGAUGGCAGUGGAGGUAAUGAGUGAGUUGUUU